AUGGAAGAUGUACAUACAGAGGUAUGGCAAAAAGUACGAUCACAGUUCAACUACGAAGCUAGAACUAAGAGUGUGACUCGAAAGUAUUGUUUUGAGCUCCCUGAUGUCCCAGCUAAAGCUGAUUAUUACAAAAUGCUUCUCCCAUAUGACAGACCACUGCCUGAAAACUUUGAAAAACAAUUACGGACGGUUUCAAGGAUUUUUGGUUCCAGGACUGGAAUGUUCGAGCAAUUUGUCUUGGCCAGAAAUAUCAUGGGACCUGGCUGGCUAGAAGUUUCAAAUGGUGUUUUUGAUCAAGGAGUUGAAACUACCUCAAAGGUAAGCGUUGGAGUUGAAGAUCCCUUUGAAAUCACUCCGCUCGCUGACUCAGUUGCUCCACCACCACCAUUCACAUUAAUGAGCAUUUCCAUCAAGACGGUAAUGAAUCACAAGGAUAAUAAGCAUGAAAUUGUAGCCAUCACAAGUCGUGUUUACAAAAACGUCGCGCAUGAUACAACAGUCCCCGCUGAGAAACUCAAUUCAACAGUAGUUACGAUAGUACGGCCUGUAGAUAAGGUUUUCCCAGUCGGGUUUGAAGAUGAAAUGAAGAAGUUGAACCAUCCAGGAAGAACUUUUGUAAAAGUCAACAACGAGUCGCAACUUCUCAAUUACUUCAGAAGUCAGAUUCAGAAACAGGAUCCAGAUGUAAUCCUUGGCCAUCAGUUGGAAAAUAUUCAAUUGAAUAUCAUACUUCAUCGUAUGAAAGCCCUCAAUACAGCAGAUUGGUAUAAAGUGGGUCGUUUUAGACAUAGAAAGUGGCCCAACAGACUUGAGGUCUUUGAUUGUCGUAAUAUCUUUGCCGGAAGACUCUUGGCAGAUAUUUCCAAUGACAUGGGUAGAUCUAUUACUUUAAAGUGUGACACAUGGUCCCUGACAGAGAUGACGUCCUUGUACCUAGGUCAAGAGAGAGACGAUAUUAGUAACGAUAUCUCGGAAUUCAAAGGAAUCCACGAAGCUGGUGGUCUUCUGUUGGUAUUACAAAAGUCGGAAUUGGAUACCAAAUUUGUUGCCGCUAUUGCUUUGAAGGUACAACUGCUAGCACUUUCGAAACAGCUGACCAAUUUGGCAGGUAAUUCAUGGGCUAGAACAUUAUCAGGAACUCGUUCCGAUCGAAAUGAUUUUAUCUUGCUACACGAAUUUUUCAGACAAAAGUACAUUGUGCCUGAUAAAGAGCGUAGAGGAGAUAAACCCAAAGACAAGUACCAGGGUGGUUUAGUAUUUGAGCCAGAAAAGGGGUUGUACAAGUCUGUUGUAUUGGUGAUGGAUUUCAACUCCCUUUAUCCUAGUAUCAUUCAAGAGUACAAUAUCUGCUUUACUACAGUCGACCGUAGCAAAUUCGACGCAGAGAGCAAGGAACCUCCACCAGUUCCUGAUUCAACAGUCGAAAGAGGUAUCCUUCCCAGAUUAAUUGAAAAUCUAGUUACACGUCGUCGUGAGGUUAAGCGACUAAUCAAGUCCCCUGAUGCUACAGAAGCUGAGAAAGCACAAUGGGAUAUAAAACAACAAGCUUUGAAAUUGACUGCAAACUCCAUGUAUGGCUGUUUGGGUUCCCAAAAUUCUCGAUUCUAUGCUCAAGCUUUAGCUGUACUGACGACCUCGCGAGGAAGAGAGAUUCUUUCAAACACUAGACGAUUGAUGGAAGACAAUGGCCUCAAGGUUAUCUAUGGUGAUACAGAUUCAGUUAUGAUAAGUACAACUGCUUUGGAUUAUCAAGAAGCCUUGGUUAUUGGUAAUGAGAUGAAGAAAAAGGUCAACGAGCACUACAAAAGACUUGAGAUUGAUAUUGAUAAUGUGUUCAAAAGACUUCUCCUUCUGCAAAAGAAGAAGUACGCUGCUCUUAAUAUGUCUCAAACUGCAGAUGGUGAAAUCAAGACUAGCAUGGAAAUCAAGGGUCUAGAUAUGAAAAGACGUGAAUAUUGCCAGCUUUCAAAGGACGUAUCCAAGUAUAUUUUGGAUCAAUUGCUUGAAGAAGAAAAUGAAGAGGCUAUUAUCAACAAUAUUCAUGAUUAUCUUCAGACGCUGGGAGAAGAUAUUCGCGCCAACAAGAUCCACACAUCCAAAUUUCUUAUCAAGAAUAAGCUGGGAAAAGAUCCUACCGCUUAUCCCAAAGACAAACCUCCCCAAGUACAUCUUGCUUUAAGACGUAUGAAGCAGGGAGAUAUUAUCAAGAUUGAUGACGUUAUCAGUUAUAUUAUUGUUGGUGGUGAGCUAGAGGGCAGACCAGUAGGCGAACGUGCUUACACUUAUAGUGAAGUGAUCAAAGGUAAACUCCAAGUUGAUGGUGAAUACUAUAUCUUGCAUCAGAUUUUCCCUGCCGUAAAGAGAUUAUGUGCUCAUUUGGAAGGAACAGAUGAGACUCGUAUAGCUGAAUGCCUUGGCUUAGAUCUCAAGAAGCAUAAUAUCUCUCUUCCUUCACCAAACUCGAAUAUUUCCAAUUUCCAACCUUUGGAAUCUACAAUUAGCGACGAGGAGAGAUUCAGAGAUACACAGAAACUUGUUAUCACCUGUGCAUGUGGAGAGAAAAUUGUCUAUGAAGGUAUUGGAGCGACUGAUAUUUCUCUUGACGACAAAGGACUCAGAUGCCCUGCUUGCAAUGAGUCGAUUCGUUUCUUCAAGAUUAAUGCUCAGCUGGAAUAUUUGAUCCGAUCGGUGAUUGCGAAAUACUAUGAAGGGUGGUUGGCAUGUGAUGAUAGCGCAUGUGGCACUCGUACUAGACAGAUCAACGUCUACGGUAAGAAGUGCUCGGGACAGGAGGGUACUUGCAGAGGCUUGAUGUCGUAUGAGUUCAGUGACAAGAAAGUUUACAACCAGCUCUUGUAUUUGGAGAGUCUGUUUGAUGUCGAAAAGAUCAAAAAGAAGGCAAACUCAAGCACUGACGUGAACAAGCAAGAAAUUAUAGUGACUGCUGAAAGAAACAGAGAGCGCUUUAAUGCCAGUCGAUCAGUGGUAGCCAAGUACCUAGAUAAAUCUGGCCGAAGGUACGUCGAUAUGUACGGAAUAUUUAACUUUAUGUAA